AUGGCUGGUCUAUCAAGAGCUGUUGCUUUGAUCCUUUUCGGCGCUGCCGUGCGGGCGUCGCCAUUUGCCUCUAAUGGCACGAUCACUCAACCUCCGACGGCCACUACUGCGGCACCGCAUACCAUUUCGAAUGUUGUAUGCGGUACCAUGAGCAGCUUUCCAGGCAUCAUUCUUCAAGAAUACGAAGGCCUGUCCACAAACCCAGCCUUACAAUGCCAAUGUUUGGAGCAAGCAUACAGCUGGCUGGAAACGUCGAAUCCGCCAACGCGGACGCUUACCAGGACUAUCGGAACUGGUGUCACUACAUUCACAGAGACCAUUACAAGCACCUCGACAGUCGUGACGUCCGUGGUAACAACUGUUGUAAACACGGUUGAAACCGCUACUGUUACGGGGAACUUUCUUGACGCUCAAACGAAUGUGUGGUAUGGGUCUGCGUCAUCACCAUGCUGCUAUAGCUGUACAAUCGCUGCCUCGACGGUAGAAGUAUUCUACUGGGCUGAUGUUACCGAAACAUCGUCUGGCUUCGCUCCAGUCACCUCUUUCGUAUCGAAUGGCUAUACCUUCCAAUCUCCUUCCGUUUACAUCGGCUUCUCUUCACUGUCUGCGAUUGACUACUGUGGCUUGGUCGGCCAGGACUUCACCAACAUAACAGUUGGAUUUGACCCUGACGAGCUUUCAACCAUUGUCUUUUCUUCAUCAGCCGCUGAAACGGUGACCCACCCCAACACAGCUGAUGGUGGCUCCAUUACUUCAACUAUAACUUUUUACACCCCUGUUGGGUCUGCUGCGCUCAAUACGAAAGAUCUAGAAAGGAACUGCUCCACGAUCCUUGGAUACAAUUACAUCCCAGGAAACCCUUCAAACGCACUGAACUCUUCACCUGAUCCCUGCCACCCCACGAUUGUGAUUCCAGAUCGAGUCAGGAGCUUGGACCCAGCUUGGGCUUCUUGCAUCACGGAUGGUUUCGGCGGAUUCUACGAUCCCCCUUCGGCGCUCAGCUCUGUGACCGCUCUACUACCGCCCUCCUCUCCACCACCGGUUACAACUACAGCUGCCAGUCCACCUAGGACAACCGAUUCUCAACCAACAUCGACGCCGCCGCCACCUCCUCCACCGACGUCGACUCCACCACCCCCUCCCCCUCCUUCUAGUUCCAGCAACCCUCCCCCUCCUCCUCCGCCUUCAUCUUCCAGCAACCCUCCUCCUCCUCCACCACCCUCAUCUUCAUCUCAGGGAGCUGGAGGCGGUAGUGGUAGCAGCCCUCCUGCCUCUAGCUCACCAGCUGGCGGCAACAACCCCCCUCCACCAGCAAGUUCUUCAAACGGAGCUGGUAACGGUGGCAGUGGCAGCGGCACUUCAGCUUCCAAUCCCUCUGGCACUCCUGGAGGUGGAAAUAACGGCGGUGGUAGCAGCGGCGGUAAUGGAGGUGGUAACGGAGGAAGUGGCAAUGGAGGAAGUGGCAAUGGAGGAAAUGGCAAUGGAGGCAGCAGUGGAGGAAAUGGAGGCUCUAACGGAGGUGGUAACGGCUCAGGCAACGGUAGCGGCAGUGGCUCACCUCCUAAUGGAUCUGAUAACAAUAGCUCUGGCAGCGGCAGCAACUCUGGAGGAAACGGCGGUAGUGGAAGUGGUAACAAUGGAAGCGGUAGCAAUGGAAGUGGUAACAAUGGAAGCGGCAGCAAUGGAAGCGGCAGCAAUGGAAGCGGCAGCAAUGGCUCUGGAAACGGCUCCGGAAACAGCUCCGGAAACCAAAACGGAGGUGGUGCUGCAGGCUCUUCCACGAAUCCCCAAAACACUGGCAACGGAGCUCCUCCCAAUUCCAUCAUCGCAGUGGGCUCGGCGACCUUCACCGAGAACUCUCAGUCAGAGUUUGUUCACGGAUCUACAACCUUGGUCCCUGGAGGACCUGCAGUUACUCUGGGAGGUACCACGCUGUCGUUGCCCACUUCAGGCUCUGAGAUCAUUGUCAAUGGGUCCACUGAACCAGUCUCCGAAGCUACCUCUGGGUCAGAGAGCUCUGGAGCAGGUGAAACUGGCGCGCCCGGUUCUCAAGAGACUUCUGGUGGCUCAUCUGGAAAUUCUGGUUCCACCAAUACCGCCUCAUCUGGCCUUCCAUCAUCCUCGAUUUCGUCGAUUCCCAAGAGCGGGGCGUCUGGAUUGUUUUCGGGUGCCAUGGAAAACAUCCAGAUCGUUGGCGCGGUUAUGCUUGUUGCAUUUUAUAUCUAA